GGCCGGUCGAAAACAAGGGAGUUGGUUGGGCUCGGACAGUUUUUUUUACGCUUGGGGCUGCUCGCACACAUCACACGGGAUGCAUGCUGCAAACACCAUCGUCGGCGCCGUUCUGGUGCUCGGCGGCUCCGUCCUCCGGGCCUCUGCCGCCGCCCCGUCCGCUGUGGACCUGAUCAAGGAGCUGAACAGCCAGGCCAUCGCCAACCUCGAGCAGGCCAGUAGCGGGGUUGCGGAGAAGAGGGCGUGCGGCAUCCACAACACUGCCAUUCGCCGGGACUGGGAAACUCUGUCAAAAUGCGAGCGCAAGGACUACAUCAGGGCGGUCAAGUGUCUUAUGACGAAUCCCGCCAAGUCGUCGCCCUCCUUUGCGCCCGGCGCCCGGACGCGCUUCGAUGACUUUGUCGCCCUUCACAUCAACCAGACACUGACCAUCCACGGCACUGGAAACUUCCUGACUUGGCACAGAUACGUCACAUGGACGUACGAGCAGGCCCUUCGAAACGAGUGCGGGUACAAGGGCUACCAGCCGUACUGGAACUGGUUCGCACACACCGACGAUCCAACCAAGUCACCGGUGUUUGAUGGCUCCCCGACCAGCAUAGGCGGCGAUGGAGACUUCCUGGCGCACAACGGGACGGGAGCCGGAGGAGGCAACAUCUGGGUGCCGCCCGGCAAAGGCGGCGGCUGCCUCAAGAGCGGGCCGUUCUCGGACAUGAAAAUCAACCUGGGUCCCGUUCGGCCCAGCCAGGACGGCAUGAAGCCGAGCCCGGCGGGCAGCCUCGGCCACAACCCGCGCUGCAUCACGCGCGACCUCAACGCGGUGGCGCUGCAGCGCUGGAUGACGUACGAGAACCUGCUCAACAUCACCGUCGGCGCGGCCAGCCACUCGGUGGGCGCGUUCCAGGACGAGCUGCAGGGUCGGUUCGGCGACGGGUUCCUGGGCAUGCACGCGUCGGGCCACAUGGCCAUCGGCGGCGAGGCCACGGACCUCUUCUCGUCCAUCAACGACCCGUCCUUCUACCUGCACCACGCCAUGGUCGACCGCGUCUACUGGCUGUGGCAGGCCCUGCACCCGGACAAGGCCGCCGACAUCGACGGCACCACCACCAUCUCCAACAACCCGCCCGGCCCCAAGACCGUCAAGUCCGACAUUGUCAACAUGGGCGUCCUCGCCGACUCCAGACCCAUCUCGGACCUGCUCAACACCCUGGGCGACUCUCCCUUUUGCUACAUCUACAUGUGA